GCUGUUUGAUAAAUGAACGGAGUGAGACACAGCUGUACAGUGGGACAUCCUGCGUGUUUUCUCUCUUUCACCUCCUCCACGCACGCAUGCAGGACACUGUGUGUUUCAGUGUGUGUUUCCGUGUGUGUUUUCGGUGUGUGUGAGCUCGUUGCAUACCAAGUGAAAAAGUCACAAAAGAAAGCAUUGAAAGAGUGAGCGCACGCGGUGAGCUCCAUGUUUGUUCCUUCGGAGCGGAGCUGGCUGAUCUUUGGACCUGAUCAGAGCUGAUUGAUCCUCAGAGAGCUGCUGAAAUCUCCUCACCAGGACGGAAAAACACUCUGUCUAUGAAAGUUUAAGGACCAGAAUCUGGAUCUGUGCAGCCAUGGGUCGGACUGAGCUGAGCCUCCUCACUGUCCGGACUUCAUGAUGUUAGAGAGGAGCUCAUCCUGCACAGAGAUUAUUUAAAGGAAACCCACUUCAACAGCGGAGAUGUUGAACUCUAAUACUUUUAUAACGGGCCUUUUGCUUUUUAUUUCCAAGUGUCAGAGUUUAAAUGUGACUGACCAGAGUGGACAUGUGUUUUUAGAGAAUAUUUUGCGCUUCUAUGGAGAAAAUCAGUCCAUUUCUACGGAGAACCUGGAGAAUUUACUGCUGUUAAUCUCAGAGAGGAGGUCUGGUUCUGUAACAGAGGAGAAUCCACUGGGAAACCAAGCGUGUCAGUCGGCCCAGGAGAUUCUGUCCCACUUCGGCUUCAGUAAUGUGACCGAGCUGACUGUGGGACAUCUGGGCAGGAUCUGCCCCGCCGUGUUGACCCAGGUGCUGCUGCCCUCCUGCCCCUUCACCGCCACCGAUCCUGAGCUGACGCUCGACUACACUGUGUGGGGUUACGGCUUUCUGGCGGUCACUGUCAUCAACUUGGCGUCCCUGCUCGGUCUCCUGCUGAUCCCCUUCACCAAGAAGUCCUACUUCCCCAAAGUGCUGACCUACUUCAUCGGCCUCGCCAUCGGGACGCUUUUCUCCAACGCUGUCCUGCAGCUCAUCCCGGAGGCUCUGGGUUUUGACCCCAAAGCUGAUAACUAUGUGGCGAAUGCUGUGGGGAUAUUUGCAGGGUUUUAUAUUCUCUUCUUUGUGGAGAAGAUUCUGAAAAUGACGCUCCGGGUCGACCAUGAGCACGGCCACAGUCACUUCACUCCUGCAGAAGCUCUUCAAGAAAACUCCCUCCAGAACGGAGACAUACUGGACAAAAAGGACUCCAUCAUUUUGACCAACAUCAGCACCAUCGCCACGGACAAGAGCAGCCCAAACACGGAGCCUCUGCACGCAAGCAUGACACCUUCUCAGGAGGUCCAGGUGUCAGGUGUGAUGUGUCACUGGCUGCGUGGUAAAAGGAUCUCCAGCAUCAAGACGGUGGCGUGGAUGAUCACUCUGAGCGACGCGCUGCACAACUUCAUAGAUGGUCUGGCCAUUGGUGCAUCGUUCACCGUGUCUGUGCUGACGGGGUUCAGUACGUCCACCGCCAUCGUGUGUGAGGAGUUUCCACAUGAGCUGGGUGACUUUGUGAUCCUGCUGAACGCCGGUAUGAGCGUCCCUCAGGCCAUUUUCUUCAACCUGCUGUCGGCGGUCUCAUGUUACGUCGGUCUCGUGUUUGGCAUCCUGCUCGGAAGCAACUUUGCCCCCAACGCAAUCUUUGCCAUCGCGGGAGGAAUGUUCCUGUACAUUGCACUGGCAGACAUGUUUCCAGAGAUGGACAGCAUAGCACGGGAACAGAAGAAAAUCUCCACUAAGAUCGUCUUCUUCCUGAUCCAGAACGCAGGGCUGCUCACCGGCUUCACCAUCAUCCUGCUGAUCACCAUGUUCGCAGGAGAAAUCAACCUGGGAUAGAAAGAAGGAGAGAGAGAAAAUAAACUGGAAAUAACGAGCUGCUUCCAUUUCUGCUCCUUCUGCAGCAGGAAAGUGAAUGUAAAGUGAAUGUUUUGUACAAACAAAACCAAAUGUUUAAAGGGAAAUACUGCUUUUAUAUCUCUGACUAUCAGUUUAGUCAACUUUGAUUAAAUAAGGGAAAAUCUUUACAAUCAUUUGAUGUAUAAACUUUAGUCAAAUUUGUUUUUGUGGAGACAAUAAAUUAUUUUUUCAGUCUUCAUAUAAUAUGAAAUACUUGACCUUUAUUUUUCUGAUGCUGUAGUUUAAAAUAAGCUGAUUUUGAUCUGCCUUUAGUGGCAGAAGUCUUUGACCUCUGUGGCUGUCACUGGCUCCUUUUAUGAGUUUUCUUUGCAUGUUUUUAACUAUAUUUUAUCUUCUGCUGUCUAUCAGAUUAUACUCUUAGGGAAAUAUCUGCCAAACUAUGAAAGAAAUCUCAUAAAUACUUCAAAUUAGGUUUGUCACUCUGUCAGACUUUUUAACCUAGAUGCAUUUCUAGUGGAAAUCUAACAAAAAAUACAGCUGUUUUGAUGCCAUAGCACAAGGAUGCAAGCCCGAGGCACCUGAUGUUUGAUUCUUUCCAUAGUAGAAAGCCUGGAUCAUGUGAGCCAUUUGGUUAUUUAAGGGGGCUUUAAAGCCAAUCUGCAGCAGCUUCCAAAUUUAAAACAAUGUCUAAAACUUACCUUUGAGCUCAACACACGAAGAGGUGACAGAGGUGUGUAUAUCAUAUCAGCAAUGCCCCUGAUUAUUCAUAACACGUAUCCCUCUUAAACCCAAAUCAGACAAGUUAUAAAAACAUCCUUUGUAUAUUGUGUGUUCAUAAAAAUAUCAAAUAUUCCCACCAAAACUGUGUUUGAUGCAUGUUAUAAACAUUUUUAGUUCUACUGUAAAAAUGGGGAUUUUAACAUGAGUUGUAUAUGUGAUUGGUGCAUCUGCAGCCAGCCUCUAGUGGACACUCAAGGAACUGCAGCUCUAUGUACUUACCGUGAAGGUUGCUGCUUGGAGUUUUUUCAAGCAGCAUUAGUGACUUCUUGUGUGUGUCAAAUGGUUCUUUCUCUAUUUUUUUGCACACAUCAUCUUUCAGUUAAAGAUACAAAUCAUUUUUUUUUUUCAUUGGUUAAUUAAAUUCAUAAUCUUCAAAAUGGGCUGAAGGGUGGUGCAGUGAUUAGUGCUGCUGGUUGGAAUCCCAGUCAGCCAGGGACUUUUCUGUGGAGUCUACAUUAUAAAAUCAUGCAGGUUCUCUCCAGGUUUCCUUCCACGCUAGUCGUGUUAAUUGGUGACUCUAAAUUGCCCGUAGGUGUGCCUGUCUUUUUGUCUCUCUAUUUUAGUCCUGCUACAAGUCCAGGGUGUAGCCCGCCACUGCAAUGAUUGCAUCAUUGUAAAAGUAUAAAACAGUUUAACAAAUUUACCUCCAAUGAUAAGAAGUCUGAUCCUCAUAAUAAUAAGGGUUUGUGUUCAUAAACAUGGCAGAAAAACACAAUGAACAACCAUUGCAUUUAUCAAAAAUUUAAGGCUUCAAAUACCAAAAACAGAUUAAACAAACCUUCAUGAAUGCUGAAGAGAUUUUAUGUGCAACUAACACACAGAGAAUGAUUAAGUAAUGUACUUUAACCUCUGAAAAAGGUCCUCCACUUUGUACUUGAUUUUUUUUUUAAGUUUCUUAAAACAUUAUUAUGUUCACAUGCAAAACGUCUGUUAUGCUUCAACGUUUAUUAAUGUAGAUAUUGUGAUACAGGGAACAGUUUUUGUCAAUAUUUUAAUUCGGUAUGUCAUUUUGUUUUUUUAAUACCUGUAAAGAUAAAGCAAACUAUUGAAAUAUACUAUUUUGAUAGCACAGUAAUGUGUCUUUUUAUUCUAUAAGUUGAUAGUUUUAAAUAACAAGCUUUUCACUCAAACAUACACCUGAUGUGUUU